AUGGCAGAAUUAUUUAUGGAAUGUGAAGAAGAGGAGCUAGAACCAUGGCAAAAGAGAGUGAAAGAGGUGGAAGAGGAUGAUGAUGAUGAUGAUGAGCCAAUCUUUGUUGGGGAAAUCUCAAGCUCGAAGCCAGCUAGCACAUAUAUAUUGAACAGAGUCAACCUCAGCUCAUCACGAAGGGGGAUACAGAAUGGUGCACCCAGUAGAGGUACAGUUACUACAUUCAAGCCUGACAGCCAUUAUGUGACACCUGCCUCCAGCCCCAGUGCCAUGCCUGUUUCAUCAGUCUUUCAGUCUGUAUCCAGACCUACAAAUAGCUCUGUAGCAGUUCAGCCAUUGUCUAUACCAGAUUAUAUUAUGGAUUCUCCACCAGCUGCACCAGAUAAUACAUCUGGUAUACUGUUUGGUGUGAGACAGAACUCGGGAGUUCCACAGUACCAGACUGGGCCAGCAGUGAAUGUAACAGGUCUGAAUGAGAGUGGUUUUGUAUCUAAGCGUCCUGCUACUUCUGAAGGCAACAGUGUAACUCCAAAAAAGGCCAAGCAUAAUGAGGUUGGUGCUGGAAGCAAUUCAGCUGUUUCACCUACAGUUAACUCUCCAACAGUAACACCAUCACAAAAUGUAUCUUCAAAAGGUACAAAUGCUGUGUCAAGCACCAUUAAAAAUGGAGGACCUUUUCCACGAGCUUGUCCAAAGUGCAAUAUUCAUUUCAAUCUUAUGGAUCCUCUAAAAAAUCAUAUGAAGUAUUGUUGUCCAGAUAUGGUAAAUAACUUUUUCCUGGGAGUGGCCAAAACAGAAUGUUCGAGCACAACAAGCAAGACUGCUGAAUCUGAGAAAGGAAAAUUGAUUAUGUUAGUUAACGACUUUUACUAUGGGAAACAUGAAGGUGAUACCCAGCAGGUACAACAGGAGCAGAAGACUCAUACGACAUUUAAGUGCUUCAGUUGUCUGAAAGUUCUUAAAAAUAAUAUAAGGUUUAUGAACCACAUGAAACACCACUUGGAGCUUGAGAAGCAGAGCAGUGAAAGUUGGGAAAGCCACACCACCUGCCAGCAUUGUUACCGUCAGUUUCCCACCCCGUUCCAACUGCAGUGCCACAUUGAAAGUACACACACGCCUUACGAGUCGUCUACAAUUUGUAAAAUCUGUGAAUUAUCCUUUGAAACAGAGCAAGUUCUCUUGCAACAUAUGAAGGACAAUCAUAAGCCAGGUGAAAUGCCGUAUGUUUGCCAGGUAUGCAACUACAGAUCCUCAGCUUUUUCAGAUGUAGAAACACAUUUUAGAACAGUUCAUGAAAAUACAAAACAUUUGCUAUGCCCAUUUUGCCUCAAAGUGAUUAAAAUUGGAGCACCAUAUAUGCAUCAUUAUAUGAGGCAUCAGAAAAAAGGAAUAUACCGUUGCACUAAGUGCAGACUGCAAUUUUUGACAUGCAAAGAAAAAAUGGAUCACAAGACUCAGCAUCACCGAACGUUUAGGAAACCCAAACAGUUAGAAGGAUUGCCUCCUGGAACAAAGGUGACUAUUCGAGCAUCUGUUGGAUCUCUUCAAUCAGGAUCAUCAGCUACAUCUUCUGUUAGUACAAGCACCUCCACGUUUCAGUUAUCACCAAAAGUUAAAAAUACGACCACUAAAAAUCAUAACAGAUCUAAUACAAAUAAGUCAAAAGCAAAAUCAAAACCAACUACAUCAAAGAAGCAAAAUGCAUGGACCAACAGCAAAAAAAAAAAAGAAGUUACAAAUACAGCAUUACAUAAUCUAAGGUAUCGUUUGGGAGCUCACAAAUGCAUUGAGUGUUACUCGGAAAUAAAAGAUUUUGCAAGCCAUUUUCCUGCUUAUGUCCACUGCAGCUUAUGCAGAUACAACACUAGCUGUAGCAAAGCUUAUGUGAAUCACAUGAUGAGUUUUCACAGUGCUCGUCAAAGUAAAAGAUUUUGGAUCUAUAAGAAGCAUUCAGAAGAGCUACGAGGUGUGACUGUAGUGUGUCUUAACUGUGAUUUCCUGACUGACGUUUCUGGCUUAGAUAGCAUGGCCACACAUCUGAGUGAAAGCCACACUCAUACUUGUCAAGUUAUUAUAGAGAAAGUUUCUGUAGAUAUCCCAACUGCUGAACAAGUACCUGACAAACAAGAGCAUGACUCUUCAGAUGAAACAAAAGAAUGCAGUAGAAAUCAAACUAAAAAAGUAGCAUCAGUUGAAAAGAAUGAAGAAAACUCUUUGUCAAAUACAGAAAAUGUUCCUAGCUUGGAACUCCCUGACAACAGCUCAAAGAAUCCUGUGCAUGAGAAAGGAGCAUGUUGUGAUUCAGAUAAUAACAAACAAUUAGUAGAUGAGAAACAAAAAUGUAUUCAUGAUGAAAGUGAGUUGAAAACUUGCCAAAGUUCAGAUAAUGUUAUCUUGAAUGAGCAGACUAAAAUACAUAGCUUGGAUGAAACUACACUUUCAGCAAUGAACGCAAGGGACUUAAAACUAACAUUGGGUGAAGAUGUUAGUUUUGAGCAGUUCUUGAGAAAAAGAGAUGAACCUGAAUCUGUUAGUUCAGACAUCAGUGAACAAGGCAGUAUUCAUUUAGAGCCUUUGACUCCAUCGGAGGUACUAGAGCACGAAGCUACUGAAAUUCUUCAAAAAGGUAAUGUUGCACCUUCAUCAAAGAAAGCUGGACAAGUCUCUGAACAAACAGAUGAGACUUCUAAAGAAAGCAGUCCCAACAGAAUGGAAACAACUGUAAACAAGACAGAUGAAAAUGAAGCAAGCUGA